GUGGACAUGGACUUCUCUCGGCUCCACAUGUACACCCCUCCUCAGUGUGUGCCAGAGAACACUGGCUACACGUACGCACUCAGCUCAAGCUAUUCCUCUGAAGCGCUGGAUUUUGAAACCGAACAUAGACUGGAUCCUGUCUUUGAUUCCCCAAGAAUGUCCCGACGGAGUCUGCGCCUCAUCACCCCCGCAUUCCACGCAGGGGAUGGCCCAGACACCGAGGACCCCACCUGCACCAGGAGCUCUGCCUCUGUGAAGGACAGAGUGUCCAGAACAGUAAAACAGCGCAGAACUGCAGGCAAACCAGCUUUUAGUAUAAACCACAUGUCAAGAACAGCAACGUGUUCGGCUGUAAGCCAGAGUAGCUGCCGCAGCCUGCAGGGCAAUACAGCCUUCCGGCCCCCCGUGCUGGACGCAUCCCUGAUCCAGGAGCAGACCCAGGUGGACCACUUCUGGGGUCUGGACGAUGACAGCGACCUUAAAGGUGGAAGUAAAGCUGCCGUUCAGGGAAACGGUGACCUCGGUGCUGCAACAGAUGCCACCACCAUCAACGGCUACACUUGCAGCGACUGCAGCCUGCUGUCGGCGCGCAGGGAUGUCCUCACUGCACACCCCACAGCCCUCGGUCCCACCUCCAGGGUCUAUUCUCGGGACAGGAAUCAGAAGUGCGGUGCGUCUUCCUACGUGAAUAGGACCUGGCGGCUGGCCAAACGCACCUCAGAAUCUCUCUCGUCGUUCUUGGUUCCACUUUUCCAGGUGGUUUUAAUGAAGCUCAGUUAUGAAUCAGAAAAUCACAAAUUGAAAAGUUACGAAUCAAAAAGCCAUGAAUUCAAAGCUCUGUCCGGGCGUGGUGGGAGGACACAGGUGAGCAAGUUGCUCGGAGAAGAUGCGCGCCUCAGCGUAGACGGGGAGCUGCUGUGGAAGGCAGCCUCUGGGCUGUUCUGGUGGCUGGGGUUCGGAUGGUACCAGUUGGUAACUCUGGUAUCUUGGCUGAAUGUGUUCCUUCUCACAAGGUGCCUUCGAAAUGUUUGCAAGGGCUUAGUCGUGCUCAUCCCGUUGUUACUUUUCCUAGGUGCAGGUCUUGCCUUCUGGGGCCAGGCCGAUUUCCUGUCAUUGCUGCCCAUGUUAAAUUGGACUGAUGUGUACAAAGCACAGAGAAUGGAUGACCCCAAGACCAUCCUCACACCUGCUGCUUCCCACCUGCACCUGCCACCUGAGGGCCACGGUGAGGCAGCUUUCCACUGGCACCGGCUGAGUGACGUGGAGCACCAGGUGACCUCGUUGUCCGGAAGGUGUCAGCUGCACGAGGAGAAACUCAGAGAGCUGACGCUGCUGCUCCGGAGCCUGCAGGCACGUGCAGACCAGGCGGAUGGCGACCGGGAUGGGGUGCUCUCCCUGACUGACUUUGUGACUUUCCGCCAAGAGCACGAAUCACGUCUCUCAACUCUGGAAGCCAUGAUGAGGAGACUGACAGAAAGAGCCGAGGCUGCCCAGGAGGAGCUGGAGCAGACCAAGUUGAGAGCAGCCAGCGGGGCUGCCAGCGAGCAGCACCUCCUCUCCACAGUCAGGCAGCUGGAGCUGCAGCUGGAGCAGCUGAAGGCAGAACUGGUAGACUGGCGACAUUUGCAGAGCAGCUGCGAGAAAGUGGAAACAAUCCAUGAGAAGGUGGACACCCAAGUCCGAGACACAGUCAGACGCAUGUUUUCUGGCGACCUGCAAGAUGGCGCCCUCGAGUGGCUGCUGCAGCAAGCCUCCUCUCGGUUUGUCAGCAAGGAUGACCUGCAGGUCCUGCUACAAGACUUGGAACUGCGGGUCCUGAGGAACAUUACCCAGCACAUCUCUGUGACGAAGCAGGCCCCCACCUCCGCAGUGGUGCUGUCAGCCGCACACGAGGCAGGGGUUUCUGGGAUCACGGAGGCGCAAGCACGGAUUAUUGUCAACAACGCUUUGAAACUGUAUUCCCAGGAUAAAACCGGGAUGGUGGACUUUGCUCUGGAGUCUGGUGGUGGUAGCAUCCUGAGUACGCGCUGUUCGGAGACCUAUGAGACGAAAACAGCCCUCAUCAGUCUGUUUGGGAUCCCACUUUGGUACUUCUCACAGUCUCCUCGUGUUGUGAUCCAGCCUGACAUCUAUCCCGGUAACUGCUGGGCAUUCAAGGGCUCCCAGGGGUACUUGGUGGUGAGACUGUCGAUGGCCAUCUACCCGACCACCUUCACUCUGGAGCACAUACCAAAGACUCUCUCGCCAACGGGCAACAUCACCAGCGCACCCAAGGACUUUGCGGUGUAUGGACUGGACAGUGAACAUCAGGAAGAAGGGCUGCUUUUGGGACAGUUCACGUAUGACCAAGAUGGGGAGUCGCUGCAGAUGUUCCAGGUGCUGAAAAGACCUGAACAAACUUUCCAAAUUGUGGAACUUCAGAUCUCCUCUAACUGGGGCCAUCCGGAAUACACGUGUCUCUACCGGUUCAGGGUUCACGGAGAGCCCAUCAAGUAG